AUGCGUGGUCUCCACACGGCCGGUGUCUUAAUGGCACCGGCUCUGGCAGGAGCGAUUUCUCUCGUGGAGGACUCCAUUCCUAGAGCCUUCAUAACUCUUCAUCUGCCCGAGCCCGUCAACUCGCCUCCGAGCCCGGACUUGGUUUUCCGCUUCGACAUCAACGAAUCUCAGGAUGCUUGUGGACAUGCGAACGUCACUAUCAACGGCCAGAAACUAUCCGAGAACGGCAAUGGCUCCUUGACCAUGGACGGUGGACGUGUUGUUGAUGCUGCUUGGAAUUUCACUUGUGUGGCUUGGAACGAUAAGCCCCAGGAGCAGUUGCUCAGCCUCAACGUCGAGCAUAUCAAUGGCCAGGCGGUCGAGGACGUUGGCUUCACCUUACGGUUCCAGCAAGUUGCACCCGUCUGGAUAUCAGAUGUCGAGGGAAGCGCUUCCAUGACCCGUGUUCACUCGAACGUCCAGGGCCAGCCAGAACCUGACUGCGACGACAAGGAGAUCGACCUUGAUGCAGAGUUGGCAGAGUUGGACUACCUGAGGGCGCAGCUUCGUCAAUCUAUGGAGGCGAAGAACGCCCAGGGCCUCAUGGACCGGGACGACAUCACGGUCCGGGGGAUGACCACCGUGGCCCCCCUCAUCACCGCUUUGGAAAACCUGGGCAUGGCAAUCAUACCGACAACGGCACUCAUCCUUACCCCCCUCCUGGACACGGAAAGAGACCUCAAUUUCCCCACCCUCCUCCGUUCUGCAAGUGUGCGCCGCCGCCACCACCGCAUCGUGGUGAUCACCCACCUCCUCCUCCACCGCAUCAUGGCGAAUACCCACCGCCUCCACCGCCGCAUCACGGUGGUCCUCCUCCUCCACCACCACCACCCCCGCCGCCGCCGCAUGGUGAUCACCCGCCACCACCUCCCGGCCACGACUUCGGCUUCCCUCCGCCUCCGCCUCACCACGGCGGGCCUGGAAUCUUAG